AUACUUACCGACUUUACCCUGAACUUCACAAGUCCACCGUCGAAUUGUUGAAAUAAGAGACCAGAACCAAGAUGAAAAUGUUUGUACUUUCUGCUGUGUUGGCCGCUUCGACCGUCCUGGCUCAUUUCACUUUGGAUUAUCCUACUUCCAGAGGGUUCAGUGAUGAUGAUGAACCCAAGUUUUGCGGAGGGUUCAACGAUGUCGAGACUAGACAACCAUUCCCUUUGACACAAGCACCAAUUUGGAUCGACUCGCAUCAUACCACCGCAUCUGUCGUCGCUUUCAUUUCCACUUCGGAGACCCCCACUUCGUUUGACGAUUUCAACAAGACUUCCAAUGGAACUUCCAUCCCUCUCCUCACCAACUUUUUCCAGGUCCACGAGGGAGAGUAUUGUUGGAAUGUAGAUUUCAGUUCUUUGAACAUUGGAUUGACAAAUGGCAGUUUGGUGACUUUGCAAAUUCAGUUUGACGGGGGGGACGGCUUCCUUUUCCAAUGUACCGACCUCGUUCUCCUCUCCGACUUUACCCCUCCUUCCAAUGUCAACUGCACAUCCAACGAAGACGCCGUUCUCUCUAGUGGUUCAGUGACAGCUUCCGGUGGUCCAUCUGCUACUGCCACGUCGUCAGGCGCACCCGCUUCGUCCAGCGCGCCCAGUGCUUCGUCGGCAGCCGCCAGCUCGAGCUCGACUUCCGGCGCGGGUAGAAUCAACGUGGAGUUCAAGUCUGGUGCUCUCUGGGGUUUGGGCAGUGUGUUGGCAUGGGCCAUGCUUUGAAAUGUCUCGUGAGAAAAGCUAGUUGAGUGACAUGGACUAAAAGAGUCAAACAGUCGACAAAAUAUGCAUUCUCCUUGUCCAUUGUGUAUCC